GCUGCACUAUUCAGAAAGAACGCUAGAUAUAGUAGGAGGAGAAGUUUAUCAGUUAUUUUGUGGCUACUCAACACCACAGAUAAGCAAUAAAGCAUUGCUAGGGCUACUGGAUCAGCCAAAAUGCUUCAAGAAGAUGACGGUAUCUUGGGCACUAACUACUAUGGCCAUGAGCUUCCGGACUGUCCUGGAAGCUAUGUACAAAAGUGCAGCAACGACAGCGAUUUUAGACUUCCAGACUUUGGAACAGGACCUCUAGCCGUCUCUCUCACCUCUUGCUCUUUGUCUGUAGUCGGAUCAAUCAUAACAAUCCUGCCCUAUCUUUUAUGGAAGGAUGUUAGAACAGGGCUGAGGAGGGUCAUAACGUAUCUGGCCAUUGCUGAUUUCUUCACAGCCUCUGGGUACAUCAUGGCAUCCAUCAACUACAUUGUUUAUGAUAUAAAAACGGAACACAUGCAAAAUCACAGAAAAGGCGAACCCUGUACUCGUUUUGAUGAAGUAUGCCAGAUACAGGCAUACAUCUCUUCGUGGUCAUCCUAUUCGUCGUUUUGGUGGACGCUUCUCCUUGCCCUCUUUUUCUAUUUUGCCAUUGUCAAAGGAGGAACAAAAAAAGUAGAAAAAUAUUUCCCGCUCUACCACGUCCUCUCGUGGGGCAGCCCAAUAUUAGUGAUGUUCCCAUUGCUGGUCACAGGUAGUCUGGGCUACUCUCUUUUUGCUGCUGGAGGCUGGUGCUUUAUUGGUGGAGACUCUGAGGUUGGGAAGAGCAGUUUUGUAAAAUAUUCACUCUCUCCUGUAAGCAUAAUUAAGAUAUUAGCCGGAGGAAAGGCGUUUGAGAUAUUCACAUACGUCUGGAUCAUUGCAAUGUAUUUCUACAUCAGAUGUCGUGUGAGGAGAAAAGUGAGAAAAUUGCGUGAAGGUCAGCAUAAAUCCGAACUUGCCAUGGACAUGCUGGCAAAGAAAUCGAUGAAGCAGAUUGAGUUUAAGUUGUUCCUGAUACCGGUUGCAUUCAUUUUGCUAAGGAUGUGGGGAACUUUGCAAUUCUUCUUCUCAAUCAUUGUGUUCCAUGGAGGGCAAAGUUUAGUGGAUACAAAGACUGGAUGUGUCCCAGACGGUGUUUAUUACACAUACAAAGUCCUAGCAGUUUUCCAAUCAUUUGGAGAUGGAGGUCAGGGCUGGUGUAAUGCCAUACUUUAUAUUGGGCUGUCUCCAAGUAUAAGAGAAAGGCUAAUCCUUAGACCUCUCUAUUCCUGUCUACGCUUCUUUAUAAGAAAGAGAUCUCACAGCAAGUCAGUGCAAGGUCAAAGCACAAGGAAUUUCAUUGGGACGAGCACAGUUACAAGUUGUGAUGAUACGAAAGUCAUCUAUCAUUCUAGUCCUCCUCCACCUGAUGUUGAGGAGAAGAUUGAUGAAAACACACCAAUCAUAGAAAACAGCCUUCACAUCAGUGACAAUACAUGUAAUAUGUAGGCCUGAUGGAUAAUGAAUAUUAUUAUUAAUGUUGAAUGUAUUAAUGUUUAAUUUUAGUUAUUAAAAGGUGUGGCUAAUUAUUUGCAUGGCCUGAUACUCUGAAUUCUAAAAUGUCUUCUUGGAAAACUCCAGAGAUAGAGCUAACCAGCGCAGAAGUCCUCUGUCCAAGUCAAUACAGCAUCAACUGUUCGGGAAGCAAUGAAGACAGUCAGUAUAACUUGUAUCUUGGGCCGACUCCUACUUAUGUGUCGCUGGUCUCUUGCGCCCUAUCUUGCCUAGGAUCCCUAUCUAUCAUAUUGAGCUAUGUAUUCUUCAAGGAGCUACGUUCAGGCUCCCGGGCCAUCAUCACUUUCCUAUCCAUAGCAGACCUAGUCACUUCAAUGGGCUACAUGGCGGGAGACAUCAACUACUUGACUCAUUUAUCCUCUGCAAAUGGAAGCGGAGACUGUAACACGUUUGACACCAUUUGCUCCAUACAGAGCUACAUCACGACCUGGUCACAGCUAAGCUCCUACAGCUGGAAUUCUGCUCUAGCCAUUUACCUCUUCCUCUCAAUCUCUUUUGCAAAGAACAGGGCCGCUAGUAAAAUGAUCCCGUACUGUCACAUAAUUUCUUGGGGGCUGCCGAUUCUCAUAGCCUUCCCUCUUUUGCUGUUUAAUAGUUUGGGUUUCUCACUCUACUCCGCCUCAAACUGGUGCUUUGUGAAAGACCCCAUGGUCUCGUAUGCUAAGAAAAGUUGGCUGAACGAGAAUGUCAUGACGCCCCUUUUAAUAGCAAGGGUGGUUCCAGAGUUUCUGACCUAUGUACUUAUCAUAAUACUGUAUUCGAUCAUCAAGAUAUUUGUGUUUAAAAUGAAGCGUAGAGUGAAAGCCGAGUCCAGUACAAUCAGCGGAGCACUCAUACAAAACUCUCUCAAUAAAAUUGACAAUAAACUCCUCAUGAUUCCGAUGGCGUUCAUAUUACUGAGAAUCUGGGGUUUCAUUCAAAUCUUUUUUAUACUCUCCGUGUCAAAGUAUUUCGACAAAGGCUGUGUCAUUUAUCCUGUCUACAUCAUCCAUUUUGUAUUAGGAAUAUUAGAAGCUAUUGGUGAAGGUGGUCAAGGCUGGGCUAAUGCUCUUCUCUUCAUUAUCUUCAACUCAAAGACGAGGAGCCUUAUUUGUGCUUCCACUUUCAAGCUCUGCUUUAAACACUGCCCUUGUUUCAGAUUCUGUUGUCGUUUUACAUGCUGCCUGAAAGUCCUGUACAAGAAACGCCGAAACAUGAUAUUUGAUAAGACAGAGGAAGAGGAGGAGAAUAAUUCUAUUUUGUCGUCAGAGAGUACAAUCGGAGAGCAUUCAACAGGUCUUCAGGAAGUUAGUGCUGACAGCUGCAGGCUUUCUAUACAGUAUGCUGAUUAGAGAAGGGACUUGGAUCAUUUUUUGUGCAUUUCGUAUACUUUUUACUGUUGACAAACGUUAACCAUUUUCUAAUUUGAUUCUGUUACCACAGUGACAAUUAGCUCAAAGCUGCUUUGUACAUUAAAUUGUCAUUCAUUGCACUUUAAUUUGUAAUGAUAUUAAAAAUAAUAAUAAUAAUAAUAAUAA